ACGUCGCUCGCACGUGCCUCCCAUUUCCUCCGCACGUGCGCUCUCUAAAUCCCUCUUAAAAUCUCUCUCUCUCUCUCUGCAACUGCAACUUCUAUCUCCUCCAUUGACCCCCUCGCACUUCACCAGCAACACGCACUUUGCUCCGCCGACAACAAACUCAUUUUCCUUUUUUCCGUCACCGGAGAUCUCUGCCGGAUCAUUUCCGAUGUCGUCGAUAAAGACUGUUAAGGUCAGUAACGUUUCCUUGGGAGCUACUGAUCGAGACAUUAAGGAGUUCUUUUCUUUUUCUGGUGACAUUGAAUAUGUUGAGCUUCGGAGUCAUGAUGAACGGUCCCAAAUUGCUUAUGUUACCUUCAAGGAUGCACAGGGAGCUGAGACUGCAGUACUGCUAUCGGGAGCAACUAUAGUUGAUUUGUCGGUUACAAUAACUCCAGAUCCAGAUUACAAACUUCCACCUGCUGCCUUUGCAUCAGCUCCAAAAGAAAGUCAAGCUCCCGGUGGUGCUGAUUCUGCUUUAAGGAAGGCAGAGGAUGUGGUUUCAAGCAUGCUGGCCAAGGGCUUUAUCUUAGGGAAGGAUGCUGUCAACAAAGCAAAGACUUUUGAUGAGAAGCACCAAUUAACCUCAUCUGCCUCGGCAAAAGUUGCAUCUAUUGAUCAGAAAAUUGGGUUCAGUGAGAAAAUAACUGCUGGUGCUUCAGCUGUAAGUGGUAGAGUUCGAGAGGUUGACCAAAAGUUCCAGGUUUCAGAGAAGACCAAAUCGGCAUUUGCAGCUGCAGAGCAAAAAGUCAGUACUGCUGGUUCUGCCUUGAUGAAGAAUCGCUAUAUACUUACUGGUGCCUCCUGGGUAACAGGUGCUUUCAACAGGGUUUCUAAGGCGGCUGAGGAUGUAGGACAGAAGACGAAAGAGAAAGUAGUUAGCGCAGAAGAGCAACAGAAGCGACAAGUGGAAGAUCAGUAUGCGCAAGUCCUUUCUGAGUCCCCAAAAGCAGGUUCGGCAGCAAGUGAACAUCACUCUUCCAAGCCUGCCCCUGCUCAGGGUUUGAUCCUUUGAUUUGCUUCAUGUGUAUGUAUAUAUACCUACUAGGAUACUACGUUGAAAACUUCCCUGCAAACUGUUUCCAUAUGAUUUACCACCACCGUUUUCUUCCAUUGGAACUGCAUGGAGAAUUGUUUUUCUUGGACAAAUUUGCAAUUGUUUAAUUUUUUCUUCUAAAAGAUGAACUGAAUUUCGUAGGUGUGAA